GGUACGUAAAUACCUCGACCCAAGUACCUAGGUAACUUUCAUACUAGAUGUUAUAAUCGAUAAGCCCGCUAAAUCUACAAGGUUAGGUGCUUGCUCCGAUAGCAUUCGCCUGCUAACUACAUAAAACCUGCACGCGACAAAUAAUAAGUUGACCACUGGACGUCAUUUAGUCCUUUAAGCCAAAUCUCACUGAUUUAGGUCAGGCGUCUUUGUCUAUAAGUCUUGUGAGGUCAGAAUAUUUAGGUGGGAAACGUUGCCUACAUAGGAGAGGCUACAGAAAUGGCAGACGAACAAGUGUCACUCACUUCCCUAAUCUUCAUAAUCGUCCUUGGCGGCCUCAUCAUUCGAUAUCUAUUCUUUUCGCCGCAAGCUCAACCCUCCCGACCACUACGAGAUGCUCAGGCAGUAUCGCGCGCUAGAGAAGCCGCAGUAGAAAGGAUACAACAAAUCUUUGGACCGGAUCGAGUCGAUCGGAGGACUAUCUUGUGGGAUUUGCAUCGUAAUGGGGGAAACAUAGCGGCAACUACGGAACGAAUAUUAGCAGGACGCAUAGAGACCCCGCCUAUCACAUUCCAGCCGCCACCUCCUCCGACUUCUCCCAGCCCCUCGGCAACGCAGACGCAGCCCUUCAAAGCGCCUCCAAAGCCUGCCGAGCCAGAUUUGAUUACUAGAUAUAAAUUACAGGAUAAGAUUAGCACCGGCAGCGAACCCGAAUCCUCGACGAAACCUAAGGCAUGGAGCUCCAACCGGAAUGAGCGACAAGCAUCCCUACAACGAAGGCGAGACGAAAUGAUUUUAGCGGCAAGAAGGAAAAUGGAAGCCAAAAUUGCAGCAGAGAAAGCUGCCGGAAACACCCAACAAUAAAAUAAACAUUGGCUUACGAAGUUGGACUAGCAAACUAGGGUUUGGAUCGCCGUUUAGGGAGCUGUAUAUUCUAACUUCAACCUCAAGUUGAGAGUGCUUUGUAUAUCAUGGUUGAAGUGUAUGUAAAGCGGACCUUGGUCUGAGAUAAUACUGUAGGCCUUGAAUCAAAUCAAGCGUAUUAAUAUAACAACUCCAAAUGUCGUUAUCAUCGA